ACUGCUCAGUCUGUUCUGUGUUUGGUUUGGUUGCUUAAUAAUUUAUUGACCUCCUCACGAAAAAGUUGAAAAAGCAAACUCAUGAUUUCUCUUUGAUUAACUCUUUGGUCUUCGUGCGCUAUAUGGAUUUUCUCCACUAGCAAUUUUUUUCCCUUUUUUUUUCAAACAAACCCACAAUCUUCUUCCUCUUCUUCUUCCAGAUUCAGUAUCGAGGAGACAAAUCAAUUUUGAGAAUUUCCUCUGUUCUUGGAGUGGUUUUUGUCGACAACAUCUCUGAGUUUGUGAUGCGCUAUAAUUGCUUCGGAAUUCUUGAUUUAUGCAAAGGAAAUGAUCGUCUUGGACAACGAGAAGCUGAAGAGAUUUGCACCGACAAUGUGAGGGUGUUUUCAUAUAACUCAUUAAGAUCAGCCACAGAUAGUUUCCAUCCAUCAAAAAGAAUCGGAGGUGGAGGCUUUGGAGUUGUCUUCAAGGGAGUAUUGAGAGAUGGGACACAAGUAGCUGUGAAAUCACUUUCAGCAGAAUCUAAACAAGGCACACGCGAGUUCUUGACCGAGAUUAACUUGAUAUCGAACAUUCAUCAUCCUAACCUUGUUACCCUCAUUGGCUGCUGCAUUGAAGGGAACAAUCGGAUUCUCGUCUAUGAGUACCUUGAGAACAACAGUCUUGCUAGUGUUUUGCUUGGUUCAAGGAGUAAAUAUGUUCCGCUUGAUUGGUCCAAAAGAGCUGCCAUUUGCGUUGGGACAGCUUCCGGUUUAGCUUUCCUUCACGAGGAAGUCGAACCUCAGGUUGUUCACCGUGACAUCAAGGCGAGUAAUAUCUUACUAGACAGAGACUUUUCUCCCAAAAUUGGAGAUUUCGGGUUGGCAAAGCUUUUUCCAGACAAUGUCACUCAUGUCAGUACCCGAGUCGCUGGAACAGUGGGAUACUUGGCCCCAGAGUAUGCACUUCUUGGUCAAUUGACCAAAAAAGCAGACGUUUACAGCUUUGGGAUACUUGUGCUUGAGGUCAUAAGUGGUGGUAGUAGCAGCAGAGCCGCCUUUGGAGAUGAGUUCUUAGUUCUGGUCGAAUGGGUAUGGAAGCUAAGAGAAGAAGGGAGGCUACUAGAGUGCGUGGAUCCGGACCUUACCAAGUUUCCGGAAGACGAGGUGGUACGGUUCAUCAAGGUGGCUCUUUUCUGCACUCAAGCCGCAGCACCGAAGAGACCAAACAUGAAGCAAGUGGUGGAGAUGCUUUGCAGGAAAGAGAUUAACCUCAACGAGGCUGCCUUAACGGAGCCUGGUGUCUACAGAGGUGUCAACAAGGGACGCAACCACCGUGGCCUCGGUCUUGCAGGUGGCAGCUCACAGGAGAGCUCUUCAACACAACGUUACAAAGGGAAAAGCUCAGCCAUUCCUCAUGGUUCCUCGUCCAACUCUAUUAUUUCUUUUCAGAGCAUCACAGAGAUGGCUCCCAGAUGAUGAUUUUUGUUUUUUUUUUUCCUGUUAAUAGAGCAGAAUUAUAUAUCUUGAGUAUGUUAAUUAGUUUCUCUGAUGUGUUAAUCUCUUUAUAUACAUAGAGCAAAUCAAAUUUUAUGUGAGAAAAAAA